GCUCUUACUAGACUUGGACCCUUAGAACGAUUGGAUUGCAAGAUUGUGCGGUUAGCCUCUGAAUACAACAGUAAUCAGGAUGUGAGCACAAUGAGAGCAAUUUCAUGAUAGACAAGCUCUGGAAUAUAGACCAAGACAUAUUGUAAUUUUUCAGAAUUCUAAUUACUUAAUUACACCGGCACUGAAAAGUGGUUGUUUCAUUCAAGGACCUGCAGAUCAUUCAGAUGAAUCUGGAGUUAUCUGGGACUGAAAAUAUAUUUGUGAGGCAUUUCACGAGUGGAAAAUUUUGCACAAGAACAGAAUCUGGGGCGUGCAGUCUUGCUGCCACCCUAAGAUCACCUUGUUCACAUUUUAACUCCGCAUUAGCACCUACGGGCUUGAAGCCCGACAACUUAUUAGAUGAAUUUUGUCCAAGAAAGGUGGCUUGCCGAGGCUCCUUUACUACUGCUGAUAUGUUAUCUCCUUUUAAAAGCAAAGAACACAAUUUUGGACAUCAUACAAGUAAAACUGGUGACAUUCUCAGUGCUUGUUCAAGUCAUGAUUCAUCCUCUGAAAAUGCAGAAAGCAAAGCUACUUUGAUGGCUCCUGAUACCUCUGGCAUUGCAAUGCUUUCAAAGGCAGCUGCCGAUCCAACUAUUGCAGAUGAUCAGGGACUUCUUGAGCCACAGAUUUUUUGUGGUAAGAGAAUCUUCUCAGAUCAGCAUAAGCAGCAGAAAGUUUCAGAAUGUAAUGGUGAUGACAUCUCAUGUGUCACUGGAGAUGACAGCCCAAACAUGAUCGUUGGUGAUCAUAGAGGUGACACAGACAGGAAGAAUGUGCCAUGUAGUUCAACUUCAGUUAGUAGUUCUGGUCUAGAAAGAUUUGAGAAGGAAGUUAAUGUUCAACCCACUUCAUAUUGUUCUGCUGGUAGUCCUGAUGAAAUAGAAGAGAAACACAUUUGCUCAAGUAGGCCAACCGAGUUUAACAAGGGAUCUUUACAGGAGACUGCGCCUAUUUUUGAUAAAUCAAACCCGUCAGUGACUUCUUCUUUAGGAGAUGAUGUUUGUGCUGGAGGUAGUGCACUGAAGGGAGAUCUUUCAGUCUGUUCCAUGGAACAAGUAGAUUCAUCUCUUGCAAGAUUGCCAACCUUUAGUCAUAAUGGUCAAAAACAUGAUGCACUUGUCAGUGCUGAAUCUGUUAAAUUCAAAACUGAAUUGGAUGAGGGGGAUCCAACAACCAAAGCUAUGAAUUGUACAGGCCAGAAUGAAAACUUGGUAAUGCUUGAAGUGUCCUAUGCUCAGGAACCUCCGGUGCAUUCUCAGCCUGUCGGCUGUAAUGAUGGGUCAGAUCUUUUGGAGGAUGUAAAAGUUUGUGAUAUCUGUGGGGAUGCUGGUCGGGAGGAGUUGCUUGCUACUUGUAGCAGGUGCAGUGAUGGGGCAGAGCACAUUUACUGCAUGCGUGUUCGGCUGGAUAAGGUUCCUGAAGGCAAUUGGAUGUGUGAAGAAUGCAUGCUGUAUGAGGGAACUGAGAAACAGACGCAGAAUAAAUAUGGAAAAUUAGUUGGAUCUUCAAAAGGUCCAGCCUUGAAUGAAAUACACCAAGAUGUUGGGAAUUCUUGUACUGCCAAUCCCAAAACUUCUUUGUCAUCAGACGACAAAGAUUCAAAUGUCGAUAAAAGCAGAAGAGAGUCGAGGGACAAAGUUAGUUCAAUUCAACAAUUCCCUGCUAAGAGACUUGCAGACAAUUCGGAAUCUGUCUCAGUGGUGAAAAGAAGGGCUCUUGAAACAAGUGCUGAAUCACCCAGGGUGUCCAGUCCUUUGAGAAAAUCUUUACUGUCUCGCGAGUCUUCUUACAAGGCCGUGGAUGGGGGGAAAACAAAACCAACCUACAAGAUAUCUUCUCUUGAAGAUCACUGUUCUAAUAAUACAUUGGGGAAGGCACACUUGCUUACUAAAUCAGUUCAUAAUUCACCAAAAUCGCCACAUGUUCUAAUGUCACGGGGUACUCUCACAAGGUCAAAUUCAGUCACCAUUUUAGCCUCAAAACGGAAAAUCCAACUGUCAGAAAAAGAUACUCUCCAAAAGCAAAAGUUCCCUAGAGAAACUGCUGCUAGCGAGAAGAAAAAGGAUGGCACUGUCAGAAUGAUGAGUAAAUCUAUGUCAUUUAAUAAUGUCAGCUCUGGCCAUUCAAAUGCUGCUGAUUUAAAUUUCAAAAUGCUCUCUUCAAAAUCUUCUCAUGUUGAGGAUUUCAAGAGAUUAAGACAUGCAAAAGAAUGUAAUUCGAUUGAGAGGAAGCAUACAGGAAAAUUAGAUAAUACACUAGGUAGUUUAACGAUGGCUAGUUCCUGUCCAUUAAAAAAUGAUGGAAAAAUUGAAUCUCAUGCUGAAACUCUAUUACGACAUCCUUCUGGAACUUAUCAUGAUCUGAAGGCUGUUCAACGUCAUGGAAAUUCACAGAAUUCAUCAAAACCAGCUAGGCAUCUGGUUCAUAAAAGCUCCAAAAAUCCCAAUCAUCUAGAUAAAUCUGGUGUGGUAAAGCGGAUGUGUACGAGUGGGGAUCCAUCUUCUCAUGCAAUAUCUGACUCUUAUCAGGAAAUGAAGCCAAGUCUAGUUGUCCUUAAGGAUGAUCUUGCAUCUAGUUCUUUAUUGAGUUCUGGUUGUCAUUGUGGUAAUUCUGAUUCAAUUGCAAAAGAUAUAUCACCUCAGUCACGGGAAUCUUCCAGUGGGGGUGAGAAAGUCAAGGAGACCUCUGAUUUCAGCAAGCCUGGGCAGCAUGUUUCAGCUGGAAGUGGAAGUGUAUGCUGUCAUAAAUGUAAGAAUAUGGGUCACGCUGCAGAAUCUUGCCCAAUGAUUAGUACUCGGGCUCCUAUUCUUGAUGCAGGAACUUCAAAGGAAGUGGACCGAAGUAGUAGGACGGAUCUUAGGCCCAUGUUUUGCAAUCAACCUGAUGAAUUUAGGAUUUUUUCUGUUCCAAAGCUUGAUUAUAUUUGGAAAGGCGAAUUUGAAAUUCAGAGUAGUGGAAGACUUCCCAGUUUCUGUUAUGGGAUUCAGGCUCACUUAUCUACUUGCUCAUCGCCUAAAGUUCCUGAAGAAGUAAAGAAAUUCCCUCACAAAAUCCUUUUGGAGGAAGUACCUCGUUUGAGUACAUGGCCAACUCAGUUUCUGGGGAAUCAUCUCAAAGAAGACAGCAUUGGGCUUUACUUCUUUGCGGAAGAUCUGGAAAGCUAUGGAAGAAAUUAUAAGAGCAUGUUGGAGUGCAUGAUCAAUUAUGAUUUAGCUCUUAUAGGGAAAUUUGAUGGAAUUGAACUUUUAAUAUUUUCAUCCAAUGUUCUUCCUGAAAAUUCCCAGUGUUGGAAUAAGUUGUUUUUCUUAUGGGGUGUUUUUAGAGAAAGGAAGGUCAACAAUGUAGAAUGUCUUGGCUCUCAAAAUAAAACUUCUAACCCCAGCUUGAAUGAUGUACCCUUGGACCAGAAUUUGGCCUCACUUGGUAUGUUUGGGUCUCGACACAUGUAUUCUUCUGGAAAGCCAAGUGAAUUUUUGUCUACAGCUAAGUUACUCUACAAUGUAGAACGAUCAUCUACUUACAUCGAUCCUCUGGAGUUGCCCUCUGUUUCUUCUACUAGAAAGGAUGGGAAUCGUAAACUUAUAUUACACUCUUCUGAACAGAAGUGUUUCAGUUCAGAAGCAAAUUAUAUUCAUCAACCAAGCAGAGAUGACGGUGUUUUGCUAUCAAGGAUUCCAAUGGAAGCAGAGCAGUUGUGCAGCGAUGUGCAACAAACGAAUACCUUUCUGAAAGAACAUGAAGUUACUGAGAGAAAGCAAGGAGUUUCAGCAAGUCAAGGUCCAGUGGGUGGCAUGUCAGAGGUCAUGUCCUCAAAAUCGCAAGUUAUGGCAUCAGAUUACAAGGAUCAGCUGGGGUUUGAGUUUUUAGAUCUUCAACUUUCAUUAGGGGCUGGAAAAAAUUUGACAACGCAGCGGCUCAGGCCUUCAUUUCUUGGGAUUGUGGAAGAAAAGCAUAACCAAGACAAGGUUCCAAGUUCUGUGGCGAGCAAGAAAAACAAUGAUGGUGGUGAAUUCCCAGUAUCACUCGAUCUUUCCCUUACUUUACCUUCUCAUGAUAAGUGAACAAGUUCCAAGGCCUCAUUCAAACAAGAAGAAAAAAGCAGUUUUUGCUUGAGAGUGCAAGUACUAGCUGCUUGUUUGGUGGUUUCUGGAAGACUUGGAUAUAGAAAUGAUGCACUGUAAAUAGGGCUUGAAAUGGAUGUUGGUGGUGUAUACUAGGCUAGAAUAUAAUGAUCUUGAUCCUGUUAUUGUAGAGAAAAGAUUUUCCUUGGUAUCAUAAUCACAUGCUUUUUUGCCUCCAAAACAUUUCUAUGGCCUCUCCUUUUUCUAUGUUUUCCUGUUCAUUUCUCGUUUGAUGUCAUGAAUAUCGAAGCAACUGUUUCUUGUUUCAUCUUGUUUUAUGAAGUGAUGAAAAACAGCUUUCAUGGCCGAGACAGUUUGAUAUCCAAAACCCCAUUUCUAGGGUUUCUUUC